AUGACCAAACGAAUACAAGGAAAACAUAUAAAACAUACUGCAAAUAUAAAACCACGAACCCAAACGGAACAAAUUCUGACAUUUCUAAUCAAAUCACAAACUCCGUAUGUGUCUGCAAUUAAAAAGAUCUCCAAGCAAUUAUCCAAGUUUGAACAUUCAACUGGAGUAAAGAAAUAUAGUCAAUAUAAGCAAGUCUCAUACAUCACAGUUAAAGGUAUGGGUAAAUCUAUUGAAAAAACUUUGAGUGUUGGCUUGUAUUUCCAAGAAAGGUACAACGUUGAUAUACAUACUGGAACCGUUGAAGUUCUCGACGAAUUCCAACAAGAUGAAGAUGAAUCGGUGUAUAAAAAGAGAUUAGUAAGUUCUGUUGAAUUGAAAAUCUGGUUAAAGAAGGAAUGA